CGCCACCGUGAGGCGCCGCGAUCGCCCAGUUUAGGAGGAUCCACGCUCAGCGCUGCCCCGCCGGUUAUAUGCAGCAUAGUCCGCGGUCUGGCGUGGGAGAUGCGCUCGCGCUUUUGCUGGCUUAAAGCUGCCUUACUGCGGAUUCAGAUCCACGAAAGGGUAGCAGCGGGUGACGGACGUAAACUGCAGCGGGCAAGAAGCAGGUUGUUUUAAUUCCCAGGAGCCUUUGCCCGCGCCACUCCUUGGUUGGAUUGAUGGGAAUUGAAAUCCAGACUUUUAAAAGGUUCUCAGACUUUCUGUCUCGAAGCCAUGAGAUGCGGCUGCUUAAGGGCAUUUCAGAGUUUUGUUAUAGGAAGCUGCAGUAUGGAUCCUACCUUGUAGAAAAGAGAAAUAUGAAUAUUAAGGAAUCCAAAGAAAAGUAAUUAUUGGAAGGGCACAAGGAGACUGUCCACCAGGAGCUGCCAGUUCCACCAAUUUUAAAGUAAUUACGGCUUAUUUCUUCCCCCCUGGAUUCAUUUCACUCCUAGAAUUAUCUCUGGAUUGGACCCAGAGCACUACCAUUACUGUGAAAAAUGAAUCCUUCCAUCAGUUCCAGGUCUCGAAGCUCUCAUUUGUCCACGCAAAAAAAGUUGUCUGAAGAGGCAAAAGAAGUUGAACUAACAGAAAGAAUUCCAGCUGCCAGCAAGGAAGCAGUGGACUUCCUUUCCCUCAUUGAAAUAAAAGAAAUUCAGCCCUGCCUUUUUGAAGAAUCGCUGGUGGCUAUUUCAGAGUCUGGAGAGACUAUAGGGACGUUUUCCAUCUCGGUGAAGUGGGCCUGCUAUUCUCUGGAUGGCUGGCAAGAAGAAGACUGUUUCCUGGUCCGUGCAAACAGCAAAGUGGCAAUCGAUGGGGUGCCUUGCAAAAUCUCCCUUACAGGAUAUGUAACAAAGAAACUGGAGAUUUUGGAGCAGCACAUUCAGGAAAGUGUGAGGUUUAGAAAUCAUCCCGUGGAAACCAGGACCCGUGUGGUGAAGCGGCAUGACCAACUUUAUGUGACCAAAACCAUAGUGGAAAAAGAUGAAAAGAUCAACGUCAGCACGUUUUCUUACAGAUGUGCACAACUUGAGGGCCUCAUCUCAGAAUCUGCCAACUUCUUGUUGCUGCGGGUGAUGGCCAGGAGGCAGUCCUUACCACAAAAUGCUAUUUUCCUCUCAUUUGACUCUGACCAACACGUCUGUACCUCUACCUAUAAAACCCUCGGCUUCCAGAAGCAGAAAGUGAAAAAAGAGGAAGUGGAUGUGUUUGUGAUUGAAAGGACUGUACAGUCUGUGGAAACGCCCCCACUGAAUUGGCAGUUCUACUUCCUACCAGAUGGGCAUUUAUCUCGCCGUGUACAAGUUGGAUCCCCAGCCACCAUGGUGAUCCUGCAGAUGCCCAUUUUGAUUGACACAGAUGAACCAGACCCUCGUCCUGUCUUUGAAAAAGUCCUCUUAGACUGGGAAGAGGAUGCUGAAUUAUAUUCCAAGUUCUUAGACAGAAAGACUAGUCAAACCCAAGUCCUGCAGCCGUUCUUCAUAUGUUUUAGUCUCCAGACCUUUGAUCUUCUUAGUUGCUCUUCUCUGAACUUUUUCCAAGGUCUCAACAUCCUUUUUGUAGUAUGGUGACCAAAAUUGAUUGCAUACUCCAAUGCAAUGGAUAUCUAAACAACUUCAACAAAAAAUGUGUAACCAUACAACCAACAAUUACACAAGCUGCACAAACCUAUUAAUAGGAUAACUGCUAUAUGUCAAAAGCCUCUCUGAAACUAUCAGCAAAUUGCUGUACCCUCUAGGCAUCCUGGGGGUCCAUAAACCAACAAAAUACAUCCAAACUAUUCUAAGCAAAAGCAACAGCUAUUGAAUACAAAGCAUUUAUAACCUACAGCAGAAAGAUAGUAGAAACCACAAUUGCAAUUGAAAAAAGUUGCCGACAUGCUAGGCCAAACUAGAUCCAAAAAUGCAAGAGAAUUCCUAGAAGCAUGGCUCUGAUGAAUCAUCCAUUAACAGACAUUUUGAGAUAAGCCUCAUCUGCAAAUCAUUCCAGAAAGGAAGCAACGAAAGGUCAAAGAAAGACUCAAACACACAUCCCCCCUCUCCAUCACACACCUAUUAAUCAAUACCCAGACAAGAAAGAACAAUUGAGGAAGAAACAAUGCCCCCAAGACAAUUUAUCGUAUAAACAACCAGCAAGCUCUACUCCUGCAUGAACUGAUGAUGUUUCUAGCCUGGUCACAAAAGUUUGCAAGAGCCAAAGUAAGUUCAGAAAGCACCAAGAACCCAACAAUUCAGACCUGAAGUACUUGUAUUCCCCAUUGUGGCAGGGUGCGAUCACUUCUAAAUUUUGCAACAUUUUUACUUAAAAACAAAUGUUGUAGGGAUAAGGAUAACGAGAGAGAGAGAGAGAGAGAGAGAGAGAGAG